AUGCCUCCUUCAGCGCAAACGACCAGAUUAGUAUCCACACUCCGUCUCCUAAUUCCCCGCCUCCGCCUACUUCAAAAGAAAGACAACGCCUCGUCAGUCGUCCAGCGUCGCGAACUCUCCCAACUCCUCAGCGAAGGCCGCGAAGCCUCCGCGCGCAUCCGCGUCGAAAAUGUCAUCGCAACUGACGUCGCCGUAGAGGUAAUGGAAAUGGUCGAACUAUACUGCGAGCUCCUCCUAGCACGUGCGAAUGUCCUCGACCAACUAGCCUUCGCAGACCAAGGCAACCGCGCCCGCAUCCGCGCGAAGGAAUUGCUCAAGAAGCGCACUCAGGCUCAGGCCGGCACCGCGCCGGUCACGGCUGGGAAGAGUGAGAGCUCUGGGUCGCGCUUUGGGUUUGGGUGGUUAGGCGGUGGUGCUCAGAAGAAGGAGGCCGAGCGGUCGGGUACGCCUGUUACGGCGGCUGGGGCUGCGGAGGACUCUGGGGAUGCUCUUGCUCUUGAAGAAGAGAACCCUUAUAUGGAUACUGCGCUUGAUGAGGCUGCUGUUGUGAUUUUCUACGCGUGGCAUCGUUUCCCGCAUGAGCUGCGUGAGCUUACUAUGCUUCGCACUAUGUUGGGUGAGCGGUAUGGAAAGGAGUUUAUGACACUGGCGCAGGAUAAUAAGGUCGAUACUGUUAAGGUGCCUGACCGGCUGCUCAAGGGAUUGCGUGUCCGCCCACCCGGACAGGAGCUUGUUGAGCUUUAUCUUCGGGAGAUUGCAAAGGCAUAUGGGGUGGAAUGGGCUGGAGGGGAGGAAGAGAUAAAUACGCAGAAGCUUGGGGAUGCGCCGCCGGAGUUUGUGGACGAUAUUCAGGGUGGUGGCGGUGACGGUGACGAAGCUGCAUUACCGCAAAUUCCCAGCAAGCAGGAUGGCUCGAGUCCGAAUCUUGAAACAAGACGUGCUUCUGAGGCCAGUGAAUUGACCAAAGCUACGCCUCCGCGAGGAAUUGCUGCGGGUCGGAGUCCUGUUAGUGUUGCGCCGCCGGCUCCCAGGACGGACAAUCCCAAUCCUCGAGUCAAGGUUCCCGGUACAGAAGGGAAAGAUGAAGGGGUCUCUAAAGAAGGCAGUGGGGCUGCCGCCAAAGGGAAGAGUAACAACGGGAUACCAGAGCUUGAUGAAUUGACUCGGAGAUUUGCGGAUUUGAAGCGCCGCCCUUGA